GUCACUACAUCAUGUCGAUGUCGUCACAAAAUUUGCCACAUGAGUGAUUCAAAGUGGCUCAAUUCUGAGAAUUGCAAUACAAAAGUCAAAAACCAGCUAUCUAUAAAAUUUUAGGUAGGUACAUGAGAGUGCACAAUAAAAGUUCCACGGAAACGAUAACACAAUAUUAUCAAGCCAGUUGACAUGAGAGCCAGAUUAAGAUCGGUUGACCUGCCAUAUAUUAGCAGAUCGAAAUAGGAAAGAUGUUAUUAUAAUUAUGAGCCUUCCAUUGAUCUUGUGCGCAUUAUUGGGGUUUGUUUGGAGCGUGGAUGGAGCCCUCGUAAGAAGUAAGAUACAAGCUGCGUCUCCAAUCAAACCAAAUGUGGAGAGCAACUGUGCUAGGCAAUGUGUGGAUGGAGAAACAAAAACGUGUUACUAUCAAUUUCAUAUAGAACACUACACCACCAUGGGAUGGCCGUGCGACUACAACUCGUCGAAUUGCAUUCAAGCUGAUGGUGUGGAAAGAAGUAUUAACACGGUCAAUCGCAUGAUGCCAGGUCCCAAAAUUGAAGUGUGCGAAGGAGAUACAGUUGUGGUUGACGUUCACAACGAAAUUGUUGGACAAGAAGUUACAAUACACUGGCACGGGAUUUGGCAAACAGGCACGCCACACUACGACGGAGUUCCAUUCGUCACUCAGUGCCCAAUUUUCUCCGGUAACGCAUUUAGGUAUAAGUGGAAGGCGGACAACCCUGGUACCCACUUUUGGCACUCUCACACCGGUUUUCAGAAAAUGGACGGAAUAUCUGGAAGUUUAAUUAUACGACAAACCAGUUCUAGAGACCAUCACAGUUCCGCUUUUAACAAUGAUCUCAGCGAGCAUGUCAUUGUGCUCAACGAUUGGCAUCAUUAUCUAACCUCAGAAACGUUCCCAGGACCUAUGAGGGCUAGCUUAAUUGGGAAACUUCCCAAUAGUCUAUUAAUAAACGGAAAAGGACAAACCAUACAUCCCGACACAGGAGUUAUGACGCAAACGCCAUUGGAACAUUUUUUCGUAGUUCCUGGGGAAACUUACAGAUUUAGAUUUAUUAAUGCAAUGGGGUCGGUUUGUCCUGUCAUUUUAACCAUUGAUCAACACAAGCUAAUUGCCAUUUCAAGCGAUGGUGAAGACUUUGACAGCAUUGCGGUUGAUGGAAUACAGUCUUGGUCCGCGGAGCGAUUUGAUUUCAUAUUUACCGCCAAUCAGCCUGCGGCUAGCUAUUGGGUGCGAUUUAAGGCUGUCGGUGUUUGCCAAUCAGCAAAUAUGCAGCAAUUGGCUCUUGUACAUUAUAGUUCUGCACCUUCAGUACCAGCAGCUGAUCCUCCUUCUCCCGAGUCCCCAGUUCCGCAAGGAUUGAUUUUAAACCGAUACACUAAGGACUGCGCUGAAGAUGACAAGGACAGUAUCUGUUUCAACCGUUUGAAAACAAAAAGAGAAGUGGACAGCGAUAUUCUCAAAGCAAACGCAGAUGUGAAGCUGUUUUUACCACUGGGUUCAUAUGAUGUACCAGCAACUAGAGUGUUGAAGAUCGACGACAAAUUCAAUGUAUUUGCGAAGAAAAAAUUGAAAGCAAACAGAAUAGACAACAUUCAAUACAAGUCAGCCCCAUCGCCGCUAAUAUCACAGUACGACGACAUAAAUCCAUCGCAAUUCUGUAACGGAACACAUAAACCGGAAAACUGCGGCAACAGUUGCGGAUGCACGCACAAAAUAGAUCUUCCCCUAAAUUCCGUCAUCGAACUCAUCCUAAUCGAAGAUUCUAAACCGAGCUUUUCACAUACCAUCCACUUGCACGGUUACGCAUUUAACGUAAUGGGAAUAGGAUCUUUGCCCAACGGACCUGGAUCGCACCUCGACAAAGCGAAAUGGCUUGACAGCAACGGAUUGCUUCAGAGAAAAUUUGAUCGGCCUGCCUUUAAAGAUACGCUAACUUUACCAGUCGGCGGUUAUGUUGUAGUGAGAUUCAAAUCUGAUAACCCGGGCUAUUGGUUUUUCCACUGCCAUUUCGCGCAUCACGUCAUGACGGGCAUGAGUUUAGUUUUCGAAGUUGGAAGCAAGGAGGACAUGCCGCGUGUUCCCGACCAUUUUCCAAAGUGUGGAAAUUUCCUCCCGCCAAUUUGA